UCUCUAAGAUAACAAGCCUCUGGACCUGCAAGAGAGGGAGCUCUGUCCAGUUUGCCAUGCACCGCUUGGGAAUUCUUGGGCAAGUCACUGGACUCUCCUCCCUUAAUGUCCCUCAGCUUACCUGGUGAGAAAGCAGGAAGAGUGAGAUUCCGUCCACUGAGAUAACGAACGAAGAAGAUCAAACUCCGAUUGGCUCCAGGUCUUCCACCUGCCAUUUUCUCUUCUUCCUGUGCUUCUAAGGCCUCUAAAUCUCCUCCCUCCUGCCCCAUCCGGUGCCAUGGAGAAGGUCCAGCAUCUCACCCGCUCGGCUUUAAGAAGAGCCUCAAACAUUGAGAUGCCCCCACAAGCCCGGCAGAAUCUCCAGGAACUCUUUGUCAAUUUUUGUCUCAUCUUAAUCUGCCUUCUGCUCAUCUGCAUCAUCGUGAUGCUUCUCUGAGGUUCUGCUGAAGCUGCAUGGAGUUCUACUGUCCACCACGUUAGCCUGAAAUCAAGUCCAGCUGGGGAUGGGGCUGGGUUGGGGGGAGGGGCGUGGGAGGGAGAGGGCAGGUGAGAAGCAAUGGUUGUAGAGAGAGCUGAAAACAGUAGAACAAAGCAUUUCCUGCAUGCAACAACACUCCUGUAACAGGGUUUGGGAAUCAGACUGGCACUCCUUCCCAGCUGAUUUCCAUAAACUUGGAAAGCACUUCUAAACGCUAUUUAAAACGGGUGACAAAAUGAUGCACGAUGUAACUCCCUCUGUUUUCUUCUUAUAAAUGGUGUAGGCUUAGGACCCCAUGUGUGGGAAGGGUAGAAGGUUUGUGUGGCUCAGUUUGCCCAGUAGUCAAAGCAGCAGCUUCACCGUUUGGGGACGCCAGGAUUUGUUUUUUCCCAUGAGGUUCCUCGGCUACUAGCUGAGCGGUGCUCGGUUCACCACUGGCCAGAAAUCAAUCCCAAAUGAGUCCUCCUUGUUCAAAGGUGAGCGGCUGCUGCUCCACUCCUGCCCCUGCAUCCCUACCACUACUGGUCUGCGGUGAGAUCUCGGGCCUUCGGGAACCUGCCUGCCUUCUCCUUCUGAAAUCUUGUCAGGAAAAGCCUCUCAUCUCAAAGGCAUGGCUUAAUGAAAUCUACUAAUAGACAAAGCUGGGUCCCCCCUGCUUUCCUCUCUGAUCCACGUUUAACAAAAUGAGGUAGAAUGUUACCAAGAAACAAGGAGCACCUUCUUGUUUCCAUGUAACUCGCCAUUCUAUAGGAGCAGAAAACCCUUUCAUUCUUGCAUGUUGCCAGUUGGCUUUUUUUAAAAAAAAAUUCAAUGGUAUUUAUUAAGUGCUUACUGUAUAUGUACUACUAUAUUAAGUGCUUGGGAGAAUAUGGCAAAAUACAGGUGGCAGACGCAAAUCCCUGCCCACAAGGAGCUUAUAGUCUAGAGGCCAGGCACCCAUCUGAGUGCUGGGGUAGAUAAAAGCUAAUCAGGUUGGAUGCAGUCCAUGUCCCUCUUGGGAUACAGCUGCUUUGGCAGGAGAAUUAGAAGUCUCAUCCCAUUCUCGCCGGCCGACAAGAAAGUUCAUUGUGCUUGGCGGAUCUGCAGGAAGAGUCACUCUGUGGUGGAAUUGGACCUGACAAGGAAUAAGUUAUCAAAAUCCAUUCGGUAUCUCUCAGAACUUUUCCGCCAAUGGCAGCCUGGGCCACGGCCCAUUAUCUGCCUUGUCGUGUGCACAUGCAUGCACACAAA